AUGGCCCAGGUCUUCCUCGACCAAAAAGGUGACAUGGACGACCCCGCGCCGGAUACGGCGCAAGGGGUGUUUAUUUCCAUUCACAGCUUCGGAGAGCUGGUCCUAUUCCCAUGGGAAGGCACCAACAACGACAGCCCAAACCACGAUGGUCUGCAAACCCUCGGCAGAAAAUUCGGGUUCUUCACCGACUAUUCCGUAUGCCAGGACUGCCUCGGUACUGCUUCCGGAACCACCGUCGAUGCCGCCUACGGCGAGUAUGGGGUGGCCGCAUACACCUUCGAGGUUGGCAACACCUUCUUCGAAGGCUGCUCUGGAUUCGAAAGCACGAUCUACCCCGACAAUCUUCAGGCUCUGAUCUACGCCGCCAAGGUCGCUGAUCUUCCGUACCAAAGACCCUCCGGCCCCGACGCCCUCAACCUGCAACUACUGCCCUCAGCCGCAGCGGGUGGCCAAACCGUCACCGUCCAAGCAACCGUCGACGAUACCCGUUUUGAUUCGAACGGUUUCGGCAAUGAACCCGUCCAGAACAUCGUUUCCGCGCGGGCGGCCUUCGACCUCGCCGUCUUGGAAAGCGGUGGCGGCACGACCCUGAAUGCUGUCGACGGAGCCUUUGACGAGACCCAGGAAGACGUCACCGGAUCCAUCGAUACCAGCAGCCUAGCGGAAGGCCGUCAUUUGCUCUACGUAGUCGGUACCGACGCCUCCGGACAGCAGGGCCCCCCGGGAGCCAUCUUCGUUGACGUCGUGGCCGACUCGGAGCUCUUCUCGGAUG